UUGCUGGACUUCGAGAAGAGCGACUUCGUCACAAAGCCGACCAUACAGGUUCCCAAGCCGAAGGUGCCAAAGCCGGACAGCCUGGCGGGGCUCGUGACGCUCGAGGAGUUCAUGCUGCAGAAACAGGCGGAGGAGAGGCAGCAGCUGUACUCCGGACGAGUGCUGCUCGGGGUGGAGCGGGGCGCGCGGGCGGCGGGGAGGGCCGCGCCGGGGGGGGCGCAGGGGACCGCGGCGGGGGAGGGGGAGGGGGGCGAGCUACAGCGACGGCUGGACCGGAUCGUGCCCGACGUGAUCUACGGGGAGCUGGCGCCCGAGCAUAGAGACAGGAACAAACCGAUCUCCGUCCCUGACAAGGAUGGUUACGAGACCCUCGUGUAUCCGGACGAGCGAGACGGACGGACUGACUCGAUGGUGUCCGGCUCUUCGCACGGUCCGCAUCCGGCCGCCGACAGCAACGUGUCGUCGGGCGUGUCGCGGCUGCGGCUCAUGUUCGGAGCCAGACGGGACCUCGUGCGACAAGAGAGCAGCCGCUCGGAGCAGUACCCUCACCUGCAGUGUCCGCCGACCUUCCAGCCCGAGACGUACUCCCUGGCGCGGCCGCCCAGAGACGCACACACACGCACACACGCGCGCGACUGA